AUGGCAGACUCCCCAACAGACUCACCAGCAUCGGUGGCAUCAUCUACUCAUUCGACAUCUGGCCGCUCGGUUGCUAAAGCGGUGACGACGUCAGUGUACGAGAUGGACGGCGCUAUGCAACAUAAUCCUGGCUUUGAUGAGAUGAGGGAUCACCAGGAAGGCUCGGAGUCGCAAAGUCAAGUUACGAGCCCUUCUUCUGGUGAUGAAUUCUAUAACAACAUGGACGUCAACACUGUUGGCGUUAUAG